AUGCCGCUCGAAGUCAUCUACGUUACCCGACAUGGGUUUCGGUCCAACUGGCUUGUCGACCCAGCAAAUGGAAACUAUUCCAACUACCUUCGAUCACCCACAGGAUUGCCUGCUGAUCCAGAGCUCACAGCACACGGGGUUGAUCAGGCCAAAGAGCUUGCCGUCAGACUCAUGGAAGUCGACCCCCCCAUUGAACGUGUUUAUUCGAGCUUGUAUUAUCGCUGCCUCCAGACCAUUGAGCCCUUUGUGCGCAAGGCACAGGCCGCGUCACCCGAUAAGCCUCUGAAAGUUCGCGGAGAGACGGGCUUAGGAGAGUGGUAUGGAUCAGCUGAUUUUGAGCAUCCUGUUCCGGCCUCACUUGACAAGCUUGAACCUCUCUUCCCAGAUCUCCUCGAUAUGAGUUAUGUGUCGGCGGUGACGCCGAACAGGAUGGGAGAAGAGAUCAACGAACUCCAUGAUCGAGUAGCAGUGGCUGUCAAAGAAGUUAUUGCUCAAUGCGACAGGGAUGGCAUACGCUCGGUGCUGCUCUGCACACAUGCGGCUGUUGUCAUUGCCUUAGGACGAGUGUUGACUGGGCUGAUGCCGGAUGACUUUGACGAGGAAGAUUUUCGGUGCUUCACAUGCGGUCUCAGCCGUUAUCGUCGCCGAAGCGCACCUAUAACCGAGUCCAGGGGAACCGGAUCCGAGCAGCAAGACAAAGCAGUCGACAGCGCCGAUCACGAGAGUUGCUCCAGAGUUCCUGACUGGCGUGGAGCAGGAGAAGAGCGAGGAUGCUUAACAUCGGCCAGCGAUUCCCAGGGACAGAAGGACAGCGAUUCGCGCGGCAAGCUCUAG